AAUACAUUAGCAUUCACAAAUCCGAUUAUCACCGGCGUUAAUGCCGACCCAUCUGCCAUUCGUGUUGGUGACGACUAUUUCCUAGUCUCUUCUAGCUUCGAGUACUUUCCUGGUAUCCCCGUAUACCACUCUACGAACCUUGUAGAUUGGACUUUGAUUGGCCAUGGCUUGAACGAGAACAACAAGAUUCAGGAUCGUCAGUUGUUGACUACUGGAGGCAUCUUUGCUCCUACAAUCCGCCAUCACAAUGGUACUUUCUACAUCAUCACGACUUAUGCAGACAAUCCUUUCUCGAAUGACUGGACACAGCCAAUGUAUCUCGAUCAAGCAGGUAUCGAUCCUGAUCUGUUCUGGGAUCACAAUGGGACCGUGUAUCUGAGCACUGCCUAUCCUGAAUUCGGGCCCGAAGGUGGCAACAGCACAAUCUAUCAAUCCAAGUUAGACUUGACGACUGGCCACUCGUUGACUCAACCAACUCUGAUCUACCGCUCUUCUCUGCCUGAGAAGAUUCGAUGGGCUGAGGGUCCGCAUGUGUAUUACAUCAAUGGAACUUAUUACCUUUCGGUUGCUGAAGGUGGCACGGAGGUCCUGCAUCGCCAGACCAUUCAUNNUCGUGGUCCCUCGCCAUCUGGACCCUGGGAAGAAAGCCCCUUAGGCCCUAUGGUGUUCAAUAGUCGUGACCCUUCAGCUCCAAUCCAACAAACUGGCCAUGCGGAUCUUCUGCAGCGUCCUGAUGGUAAAUGGUAUACCGCCUUCCUUGCCGUACGCCCCCAGCUUCCCCAGAACAUCAACGGUACCUACCAGCUUGGUCGUGAGACAUUCUUGAGUCCCGUCACCUGGAGCGAAGAUGGCUGGCCACUGGCAAACAACGGCAAUCUCAUCACUUUCAACAUGGCAGACGCCGACCUACCUUCACAAUCCAACAGCAGCAAGAUCUUGCGCGACGACUUCUCAGGCUGCUCUUUGCAGCCGGGUUGGGAGUUUAGAGGUACACCUUCUAGACCUUGGUGGCGCGUUCAGAACAAUUCUCUGGUGCUCAGAGGAACGACGGCUGCGCUUUCCGCCUUGGAUGGUAUGGCUUUGGUGCUCAGGAAGCAAGAUGCACUAUUCCAUACUUUCAGUGUGGAUCUGGGAUUCGUGCCCACGCUACCAAGCCAUGAGGCCGGUAUAGUGGCUUGGGUUAAUGACCAUUAUCACAACACUAUUUCCGUCGUUUUGUGCAACGAUGGUACCAAUUCCACUUGCUUAAAGACCAUGACGAUUGUUGGAGACAGACUCGGUGACGACGAUGGCAAUACCACUACAGUCUACUAUGCUCUGCCUUCCUCUCUGUCUGUCAAUGGUACGACUCUACGUCUGAGCAUUCGCGCAACGCCAGAGACGUAUCAGUUGGGCUAUUCCAUGCCUGAAGAUAAUGCUACUACAUGGCUGACGGCUUACACGGCUUCUUGGAUGGCUCCUCACUACGAGGGACGUAUCUCCUGGCAGGGAGCGAGGAUGGGUAUGUAUGCGACAGGCAACGGUGUGACCAUGCUCCAAGACGCCGUGUUCAAAGAUGUGGAGGUUAUAAGAGGGCCCCAC